AUGGCGACAUAUCCCGAAUGCGACGCGACGAAGAGAAAGAAAUUGCCGCUUUCGACCACCGAGGCAGUCGAUACGGCUGAGCUAGAGGCGACAUAUGGCGGGGUUAUCGAUUGGACCAAAGUUAUUAUUUGCAUGGACAGCACAUACGGCGCUCAGGGUGUUUUCGCAGUAAUGGAGCGGCUCAGAGAACGCGAAAGCCUUGAUGUUGUCAUGCCAUCGGACCUCAUAAGAAACGCCUUUGUUAACGCCGGGAUCCAAUUGUCGUCGAAGCGACAACUGCUUUUUGCUUGCGCUGAUGAUCUCCUGCAACGAUUCGAUUACCGAUGGCCGAAUCUCUACACAAGAUGUAUGCACUUUCUAUUGGAGAAAGAGUCCUUUGAGGAAGCCGCCGAAACACACGCGUACUUAGCACCCAGUUUUCUCCCUGAUCGACACGUCUUGGGCUUAUUAUUUGAAAACUUUGUCUCGAACCCGGACAUCAGAAUGCAAAAGGCGCUCAAAGGGAUCUAUCUUUCCCUACCCCAGCAUGAUCUUUAUGACAUAAUUAUUCCCGCCCUCUUCAAAUCAGGCCAAUCAAAAAUGGCAAAGCGCUGGCGCCAAACAUUUUUGCUAAGCGGCGACUUCCCUUCCUCUGAAGCUUCCGGCCCGUUUCUCGCAUUUCUGGCCAGUUACUAUACCAACACAAAUUUUACCCCAGAAGAACGUCGCAUACUCGAUAUCCUCCUAGAGAAAAACAGCCCGAAGAGACGCAAGAACGCGACAACGAUAAGAUGUAUCGCUGCGCCAACGAAGAGCGAAGACGCUUUGGUCUCAUCCGCGUGGAGGCUCGAGACUUCUCAAGGCUCAGCUCAGCCACGGCCAGAAAUAAAGAGCCUAGUAGAUGGAUUCGUGGAGAAGUUGUUUGCCAGCAGCUGGACGCCGCCUGAUCUCGCUAUGCAGUUGGCGAAAAAUGCUGGAAUUCGAUCAAUAGGACCCAGGGCGUUCCAAGCUCUUGCCCUUCGAGCAAGCAGUGCGACAGAAGUUAACGAGCUGAUCAAAUCAUUGCACAAACUUAAUAUUUCCAUUCCUGCGGGUGCAUACUGUACUGCAAUAUCAGAAUUUGCGAAGCAGGGUCACGACUCCUUGCUGAGCAAUCUUUUACAAUCUGAUAUUCACCCGGAGGAAUUCGAUGAUGAAGAGACGAGGCAAAUGAUUCUGGAACAUUCUAUCCGCAGACGGGAUACGAAACAAGAAGAUCUUAUGCGGAGUGUCAUAAGUGCGAUCGACGCGCAAACACGACUGUCGACACAGUCUCCCUCAUUGAACCUUGCCACCGCCGCACCUGCAUUUACUAUAGAGAAGUUGCUGUUUGACGAACCUUGGCGAAUGAAACUUGCGCUGGAGCGCAUGGUUUCUCUGAAUUUGAGAAUCGGAUCAAUCGAAGCUUCUGCAAUCUUGCGAAGAGCAUUUGCAGCCUUUCCAGCCAACAGCCGUGGCAUUGUAUGGUGUUCAACUGAGUGUAUUCACAUUUUGGACGAAGUCAUCGGAUUGGCUCGCUGCAUUGCAGCUCAGGAUGUUGCCAUCCGUUCCGAGCAUUGGAAAAUGCUACUGAUCGGUUUGGGGCAUCAAGGAAGAUUGGAUGCGUUGGCCCAACUCAGCCUCGAGCUUGUGGACAUGUACGACCCCAGCCGUGCAUGUUUGUUGCCCGUCCACAAGGUGGACUUGCCCAAGAUGACGAAACUGGCUACAGACUUUCUACGGCGCACGGAGCAUUCAGGUCUGAUUCCUGCUGAUCUCUCCUUCUAUCAUCAUCAUCAUCCUUUAUUCAAGAUUUUUGAUGGCCACUUUCAACGGACUGUCGUGCAAUUAGGAUUUACCUGGGCUCUGAACCUCUCGGAGGGUACAGCAUCAACGCCUGUCGUGCAAAAUGCGUUGGUGAGGAAAUUUGAUGUUGCAUCUGGCAUACACAUUCUGGCAAAUCUGCGGGAUCGAGGUUGUUUUAUCGAUAUGGAUUUGGUUGAGUCGGCUGCCCGCAACGGCAUCUACUCCAGCCAGCGAAUGAGACAACGUGAUGGGGAUUCAAGAGGUAGGCAGUGGUUUUCACCAAUGCAGAUGAAGAAAGUAGCCGAUCUGGCUUGGGGAGCAACGCUGAUGCCCGCAUCAUACGUGAUCGGUCUCAAUCAGAAAGACUUUCGAGCGCUGUCAGCGCCGACGGGAUAA